AUCGUUGAAAAUCAAGUAAAUGGUAUAACUGCAGCGACCGCAACAAAACAACACCAUCGCAUGCUGCAAUCUCAACUGUCGCAACGUUCUAAUGGUGCCGAUAGCAAUAUUCUACUCGACAUAGAGUUGGGCAGUGCGCAUAACUUUUGUCUCGGUCAUCCGCAGCCUUCAGCCAUAAAUUGCAACCGUAGUGACAAUUUGCGUCGCUCCGUCAUUAACAGUGGUAUGGCACAUGCAGCGCGUAAUGCGCGACCCCUCGGCGAUGAUCACAUGUCGAUUAACUCGCAAGAGUGGGACAGCAGCGCGAGUCAGUAUAAACAGGACGACUCCUUUUGUAUGGGUGAACUUGAUUCGGAACUAGCUGAGCCCGAUACACCAAAUAGUCUGACAAUGUCC